AGGCGGGGUUCCCUGACUGGCCGCUCACUCGCCCGUCAGACGCCCAGGAGCAAGCACGCGGCCCUCUCCACCCUCAAGGAAUCAAGUGUUCACCAUCUCCAACAUGCCGAACUGCCCCAAGUGCAGCAAGCCAGUGUACUUCGCUGAGAGGAAGACAUCACUGGGCAAGGACUGGCACUCAUUCUGUCUCAAGUGCGAGAAGUGCAGCAAGACACUGACGCCGGGGAGCCACGCCGAGCACGAGGGCAAGCCCUACUGCACUACCCCCUGCUACGGCGCCCUCUUCGGCCCUGGAGGCUACGGGCGAGGCGGCACCCAGAGCUUCAAGUAUGAGAAGUAGAGCGGGCAGGGGAAGCGACAUCUGCGCGGGCCCUCACACCGCCCUCAAGGGCUAACCUUACCUCCUGCUGGCCCUCAAGGGCUAACCUCACCUCCUGCUGGCCCUCAAGGGCUAACCUUACCUCCUGCUGGCCCUCAAACGCUAACCUCACCUCCUGCUGGCCUCUGCAAUGCUUUCCUUGCUCUUUGCUCUCUCGUCAGAGGCAUCAACAUGUGUAGUAUGUAACCACAUGUAGUGUGGUCACAUACUACAUGUGGCUACAUACUACAACCUAACCAUCCGAUCUAACUGUUGUGACAGUAUCAGUGUUUUUCUUUAUUGCAUCAUACAUCAUCAUUAAAUAACUAGUGUUUAAUUGAUGGAUUAAACUUUAGAUGUCACGACUUUAGAUGUCACUAAGUUAAUGCCAACCUCGAUUCAUUAAUGUUCAGCACGCACCCACCGGCAAUUACUGUUAAAAUUUAUGUGAGUCCAACUUUAACACAUAGGCGCUUGCUAAGCACAUGUAUCUUCUGAUUCUGAGAAUACGUUACAAUAAUGUAGCUGAAAACCAAUAAUUAAAGCCACUCAUGUAUACGCAUGUUACAUGUAUAUAUGUGUACUUACAUAUAUACAUUUGUUAAAUAUGUUUUCUCUCUGCAUUCAGGCAACUGGUUCAAAACAAUGUGCAUUGGUUGUUGAUUGUGUUGUACUCCAGUGAAUAAAGAACUACAACAAUU